AAGUGAGUUGGUUUUUUGGAUUGUUAUUUUGGCUAAAUAUUCUUCUGUGAAGUGAGAAGUGCAAGUGAGUAAAAAGGCAGAAAUGACAGGCGGACAAGAGUACAAUGUGUGGGGGAAGAGUGCGAUAGUUACGGGUGCUGGGUCUGGUAUCAACUUCUGCUUCGCUGCCAUACUACUCAAGCAUGGCUGCUCCGUUCUAAUCGCCGACCUUGCACUCCGACCUGAAGCACAGAAGCUCGUAGAUGACUAUAGCAAAAAGGAGGAAGGCAAACCACAAGCAAUCUUUCUCAAAACAGAUGUUACCGACUGGCCCCAACUAGAGCGUAUGUUCACCGUCGGCGUACAAGAAUUCGGUCAAGUCGACAUUGUCUGCCCUGGAGCCGGUAUCUACGAUCCCCACUGGACCAACUUCUGGCACCCACCUGGCGUCCCUGGCGGCAAGAGCAGAGACGAUCCCAACGGAGGACGAUAUGCAAGUAUCGACAUCAACGUCACGCACCCAAUUCGCACAACUCAACUAGCCAUUUCGCACUUCCUGAAUCCCCCGCCUGGCGUGCAGAAAGUAGGGCCUCAGAACCCCAAGCGCGUCAUCAUCGUCUCCAGUAUAGCAGGACAGAACCCGAAUUUCCACGCUCCAAUCUACGUCGCUGCUAAACAUGCCAUGAAUGGGUUUGUCCGCUCGUUGGCUCCGCUAGAAGCUGAGUUGGGUAUCAGAGUUAAUGGUGUGGCACCCGGUGUUAUCAAGACACCGCUAUGGACUGAGCACCCAGAGAAAAUGACAUAUCUGGACUUGGAGAAAGAUAUAUGGGCGACACCCGAAGAAGUGGCAGAAGCAAUGUUGAGGUGUUUGCAGGAGGCUGAGUUUGGUGGAGGCACAAUUCUUGAGGUUGGCGCGAAACAGACGAGAAAGGUUGAGGCGCUGAACGAUCCAGGUCCGAGUGGCCCAGGACAUACAGUCAGCAAUAUGGAGGAGCAGUAUAAAGAGGUGUAUGGGUGGUUGGGAGAGGUGGGAUGGGGUGUUGGGAAGACGAAAUUGUAAUUGUAUCCAUUUUUACUGAUUAGCGGUGCAAGUACUAUUACCAUUUUGGAAGCAAUACUGCCAGAUACGAAAUUUGCGGCACGGGUAUUAUGGAAUUCGUCCGUCGUCAGGUAUGGGCUUGCAUGGACCAUGAGGCUGUUGGACCGGCUAUUGAGGGUGCUUGGUCAGAUGCCGGCGGUCGGACCACAGUGCUCCGGAAGGCUAGAAUUCAGCAUCGUGACAAUGUAAGUACUAUGUACAACGGUAGAAGUAGGCAAAAGACGAUUCUGACGUUGGCCGUGCACGGUAUCGCAUCAGAGGGGACCCCCCUGGUUG